AUGGCCACGAGCACCUCUACUGCCACUUUCACUAAGAGCAAUGACCCUACAGCACAGCAUGGAUACCCACGCGAACCCUUGAAGUCGAAAGGUGUACUGAAUGCAUAUAAAUCGUUCGAAGUCACGCCGGUCAUCGGUCGCGAGUUCGUUGAUCGUGGUGUUGUCUACUUUCGCAAGCAGGAUGACUUGACCGAUGAACUUCAGAAAGAGCUGGCACAACGUCUCGGCGAGCUCUCUGGUAAGCCAGAAACAUCAAAAUUACAUAUUCAUCCAGUCAGAAAUGCCGGAAACCGUCUUGGGGGCAACGACAAUGAGAUCAGUGUCAUCAGCUCAGACCUGGCGAAGCAGCUCUUCAAGGAGAGGUCACAGAGCGGCAAAAGUGGCUGGCACAGCGACAUCACUUUCGAGCCAGUACCAAGCGACUAUGCGAUCUUAAGGAUGACUCAGCUACCAAAAUCUGGGGGCGACACUCUUUGGGCCUCUGGAUAUGACCUUUACGAUCGCCUCUCGAAACCAUACCAGAAGUUCUUCGAGUCUCUUACAGCGACAUACGCGCAGCCGGAUUUCAAUCGUGCUGCCAAAGAAAAUAACUUCCCCGUUUACACCGCUGCGCGAGGUGCACCGGAGAACACUGGCGACUCACUGAGCGCUGUUCACCCCUGCGUCCGUACGAACCCCGUCACAGGAUGGAAGUCUCUCUACAGCGUCGGGCACCAUGUUCAACGUAUCAACGAGUUGAGUGCAGAAGAAUCAAAGCGCACUAUAGAUUGGUUUCUACAGCUCAUUACUGAAAACCACGAUCUGCAGAUCAGACAUAGAUGGCAGAAUCCAAACGACGUGGCGAUCUGGGACAACAGGAGCGUGUUACACACCGCGACGUAUGAUACCGACGGCCAGGGCCCGAGGAAGGGGUUUAGAGUUGUCAGCUUGGGCGAGCGACCAUAUCUGGAUCCGCAAAGUACGAGUAGGCUGGAAGCGUUGAGGCUGGAGGAAGGACAGUAG